ACUGGAGAGCCCCCACUAAUAAAUGGCUGGAUUCCUUACCUUGGGAAAGCUUUGAUUUUUAGAAAAGAUGCUUACAAAUUCUUACUGGAUCAGCAAAAGAAAUUUGGAGAUAUUUUCACUGUACAUAUUGCUGGUGAGAAAUAUUUUAGUAGAUAUAUUACCUUUAUCAUGGACCCAUUUCAAUACGUCUAUGUCAUCCGAAAUAGCAAGCAACUUGAAUUUCAUGAAUUUGCUAAUAAAAUGGCAUCCAAAACUUUUGACUACCCAGCCUUGUCAAAAGGAAAAUUCCCUGAACUCAAGGAAAACCUGCACAGAAUCUACCAGUAUCUACAAGGCAAACCUUUGGAUAUCAUUUCUGACCACAUGAUGAAAAAUCUCCAGGAUAUAUUUGAAUGGAAAUGCUCACAAGCAACAGAUUGGGAAACAGAAAAAAUGUACAAAUUCUGCUGCUCUGUAAUGUUUGAAGCCAGUUUUGUAACACUAUAUGGAAGAGUUCCUGCUGCAGAUGGCCACAAAGUUAUUAGUGAAAUCAGAGACAAAUUUAUCAAGUUUGAUGCCAGCUUUCCCUAUUUAGCUGCAAACAUACCAAUUGAGUUGCUAGGAGCUACCAAGAAGGUUCGGAAGGAGCUUAUACAUCAUUUUUUACUUCAGAACAUGACAAAAUGGCUGGGAGGGUCAAAAGUGGUCCAAGCCAGACAAGAUAUAUUUGAGAAAUAUGAGCUGCUUGGAGAUUAUGACAAAGCAGCACAUCAUUUUGCCUUCCUGUGGGCCUCUGUGGGAAACACGAUUCCAGCUACAUUCUGGGCCAUGUAUUAUCUUCUGCGGCACCCAGAAGCUCUUGCAGCGGUGCGUGACGAGAUUGACCAUUUGCUGCAGUCAACAGGUCAAAAGAGAGGGCCCACAUAUAACAUCCACCUCACCAGAGAACAAUUGGACAACCUGGUCUACCUAGAGAGUGCCUUAAACGAGAGUUUAAGAAUGUGCUCGUCCUCCAUGAACAUCCGCAUCAGCCAAGAGGAUUUUGUUCUCAAGCUUGAAGGGAAUCAAGAAGUCGUUUUGAGGAAAGGAGACUGGAUAGCCCUUUACCCGCAGAUUUUGCACAUGGACCCUGAGGUCUAUGAAGAUCCUAAGGAGUAUAAGUUCGAUCGAUACAUAGAGAAUGGCAAGAAGAAAACCACAUUCUACAAGGCAGGAAGAAAACUGAAGUAUUUCCUAAUGCCCUUUGGCUCUGGGAUCAGCAUGUGUCCAGGGAGGUUCCUCGCAAUGAAUGAGAUGAAGAUGUUUCUUUUCAUACUAUUGUCUCAUUUUGAUGUAGAACUAGCAGAAAACAAAGCUGUCAGACUUGAUAACAGUCGCAUGGGCCUUGGUAUCCUCCUGCCAGACGUUGAUAUUGCCUUUCGUUACAAGCUAAGGUCCUUAAGAAAUUGAGCAGCUGCCUAUAUGCUUCCCACUAAUAUCCGUGUUUGCUCUGUUUCAUCACUCAGCUUUGUAUUUUUGGAAACAUUUUCUUUUCCCUCUCUGCUUUUACCUCCUUCCUCUUUGUUCCUAAGGAGAAAAGCCAUUGGGCUGGAGGUAAAGACCAGAUGCAGGGACGUGCAACCUCAAUUUGUCCUGCUUGAGUUGUGAGAAGUGAGGUGACAUGACAAGAGUCUGGCCAAGUAAAUAGCCCAGCAUCUCUCCAAGGUGCAUCCCCAUACUCUUGACCAUGAGAUGAGCAGGAUUUGCAGGGAGGAUGAAUCCAGGUCACUUACAUGGGAAAUGGGCUCAGCAGCCCUCUGUCACGCGGUUAGACUGGGAAGUCCCAUACACCCAUCAUCUAGAGGAAUAUCAGCAUUUGCUCUUAGAAGCAUAAUAACAAGAAAGGGGGAGGAUCAGAGAAUGUCUUGUGAUUAUUAUCCUAACUUUAUAUUUACUUUAUUUCUUUCAUGGUUUUGAGUGUCUUAGCCCUUUAUUUGGGAGAUGUGAUGGAAGUUGUGUAGGGUGGUGGAGGAUGAUUUGCAAGAAUGUCUUACAACACGUUUCUAGCUUCAGGUUUAUGUACUGAGGGUGAAUGCUUUGCUUUCUUGCUCCUUUUUUUAUGUAGUGCAGUGCAGUGCAAAAAAAAAAAAUUAAAAUAUAUGAUUUCUUUCCUGCAGUCAUUUAAAGUCAGAAGGGAAAUUCUGUUGAUUUUAAUAGGCUCUCGAUCAAGGCUAAAUUAUAUAUUUUGGCUUUUGAGUCCCCCAGAAAACCAUAUUCUUCAGGGAAAAAAUAUAUAAGCCUGUUUGAAAUUAUUCUAUCACCUCGAAAAUUAGUUUCUCUUUCUCUCGCUGUUUCUUAGUAACAUGUUCGUGCAUUUAUUUUGACAAUUUCUUACAUUUUUUUAAUUUCUCCAAAAAAGCAAAAGAGAAAGAGGGUUUCAAGGGCAAGUGUGGUAUCUAAAAAUGCUUUUUAACAUUGUUUUACUUUGUCUAAGUUAUGCAUAUGCAGAGGAGUGUGACCUGUGUUUGGAAACAGACUUGUCCAUCUGCAAACUGGAAAACAGGCUCUUCCCUGGGGCCAGAAUUUGAGCAAGUGAAAACCCUGGGCAGCCGCAGAAGUUUAUACUGGCUGCCCAACCUGCUUCACUGGGUGCCCAGCUCUUGUUUGGAAAAUUAAUUUCCUAGCACACAAAAUCUGAGAUUUUGGACCCUGUUCUCUCUUCCCAGCCAUCUCUUCAGAGAUUGAUGAGGAUUCCCAUGGCUGCCCAGUCUCAAUUUGCCAAGAUGAUAAUUGUGACGACAGAAUUGCAUUCCUAAAAGACAUCUCUCUUUGGGAUGUGUCUUUCAAAAUCAGAAAUUCUUAGUACUUACAUACUAAGAAUUAUUUAUGGUUAUUUGUGUAAAUAACUGCCUAUUCAGUUAUUUGUGUAAAGCACAUACCCUAAAUAAGCAUCAGUAUCAGUAAAAAGACUUUCAGAGAUUGGUACAGCCCCAUUGCAAAUCCUCCAAGAAAAAAAUUGUGGUUUUGUGAGAUAUAUUGGAUAAACAUUUUCUCUUUGCAUAUAGUAUCAAUAAUAUCUACAAAUUUGGAGUACAUUUAUGUUAAAUAGCUUUGCAAUUGAUUAAAUGCUUUAACUUUACUUUAACAUUUAAUCAACAGCAAAAGCUGGUUAUUGCUUCGUGCCACAGAAUAAAAUUGGUUUUUAUGGAGACAUUCUUGUACUCAGGUUACUUACUCCUGUGGUUACUCUGUAGAAGCUAUUCUGUAUACUCAGCUGUAGCUCACAAUCCAGUUUGGAUAUUAGAGUCUGGUUUACUGAGACAGGGAAUGUUCAUAUCAUUACUCUGUUGACUGUAUUCCAUUAUUGCUUAUAUGUAAGCUGUAAAAUGUCUCAUGCUACAAUUAUGAUGAGUCCCUCUUUGGCAUCCAAC